GAGUUCUUCCACUACUCCGUCGGCAGCGUCCUCGUCUUCAUCGCCUCCAUCGCGGCGGCCGUGAAGAGCGGCGGCGUCUCGGCGCUGGUGGCCGGGUCGGUGUUUGGGUUCAUAGCGACGUUCCUGAUGGCCGUAAGUUUGUGGACGUCCUACAGCGCGACCUGCGGCUCUCAUCAGACCGGUGCAGCAGUUUAAUCAGCCCCCCCCCCACCCGUCAUGAAGAACCAGACCGGUUGCGUUGGCAGUCCGCUGAGUCCUGCUGUGUCAAGUUUUCUGCCUAGCAACCGCCUGGACACUCAACCUGAUUGGAUCAUACUUUAAACUCCCGACGUAAUGGAACAUGUGACCCGGGACCAGAACAGUCUGAAGUGUAAAAAUCAUCCCGUUAAAGGACAGUAGUUAAGGUAUUACUCAGAUUACUCUCCCUCCUUAGACGUCUACACGUUAACGGUGCUCAGUGACAUUUCAGUAGAAUCAGCGAAAGACAUCGCAACUACUUCCUGUCCUUACUCCCCCUCUGUCACUGCCCAAUGAGAGGAGAGUGCAGACUUGAGUCGCGCAUGCGUCACUUUGCGACAACUUGUUAGCAUCUGCAAAUACGAUGCUAGCAAGAGACUUCUGUAGCGUCUGAAGUAGCCUCCGAGAUGCUAACAAGAGACUUCUGUAGCGUCUGAAGUAGCCUCCGAGAUGCUAACGAAAAUAGCCUCCAAGAUGCUAACGAGAUGCUAACGAGAGACGUCUGUAGAGUCUGAAGUAGCCUUAGAGAUGCUAACAAGAUGCUAACGAGAGACUUCUGUAGCGUCUGAAGUAGCCUUAGAGAUGCUAACAAGAUGCUAACGAGAGACUUUUGUAGCGUCAACACAGAAAAAAUGGAGCUACUUAACCAAGUUGGUUCAGUGCUAGCUUAGCUACAAGUUAGCAUCAAACACAACGAAGGCCGUCAGUUGAAUGGUGUUUAGAGCUAACGUUAGCAUCAAACAACCACAGAUAGCUACAACGUUUCUGAAAUGAUUCCCAUCUUCUGUUAAUGUUUGUAAUGAAAAAAACUUUAUUAUUUCAUGAAUUUCGCAAUUUCACAGUUAUGUCGUAAACCGUUUACACCUGAGCGUGAGCGACUCAAAUCUGCACUCUCCUCACUUCCUGUCCUGACUUUCCGUCUUUAAAAAGGUCGACAUGGUUUCUUCUUUAUUUCCCCUCCGUCCACUAUCUGCUGUCAAAAGGCUCUGACUCCCAAAACCCAAAAAAAUGUAAGCUGUGUUAGCUUCAAAGCCCCGUUCAGACCAAAGAUCGCAACGAGAUGAAACCGUUGUACGAAAAACUUCAGCGCUCUGAACCGUCCGAAAAACGGAUUCAGUAAAAUUUCAGCAAAUUUUGGACGCUAACUUGAUGCCAUCAGUGAAGAAGCUGAAGUUAAAGAGAGGACGGCUUCUACAAAUGGAUCAUGAUCCUAAACACACCUCAAAACCCACGCUGGAUCACAUCAAGAGGCGUAAACUGAAGGUUUUACAAUGGCCUUCACAAUCUCCUCAAAAUUGAAAAUCAACACUUUUUAAUCCAUGUUUUUAACUUUUUUACGUUUUUGUCCCUUUUUUCAAUGUUUGUCACAUUUUUGAGGUCCAACACUACGUAACGCUAACUUAUUGACUUUAAAUUUGACCCGGGGACAACAUGGGGACAACAUGGGGACAACAUGAGGGCAACAUGAUGGACACAUGAAGACAACAUGAGGGCAACAUGAGGGUAACAUGAUGGACACAUGAAGACAACAUGAGGGCAACAUGAGGGUAACAUGAUGGACACAUGAAGACAACAUGGGGACAACAUGGCGGCAACAUGGGGGCUACAUGGGGGCUACAUGAGGGUAACAUGGGGGCUACAUGGGGGUUACAUGGGGGCUACAUGAGGGUAACAUGGGGGCUACAUGAGGGUAACAUGAUGGACACAUGAAGACAACAUGAGGGCAACAUGAGGGUAACAUGAUGGACACAUGAAGACAACAUGGGGGCAACAUGGGGACAACAUGAGGGCAACAUGAGGGUAACAUGAGGACAACAUGAGGGUAACAUGGGGACAACAUGAGGACAACAUGGG